UGAGCUCUCCGUAUACCCUUGGGGGAAAUCAUGGGGCGGCGAGGCUUGGCCCCUUAUAAAGGUUCCCUUUGAUCUUCGCAAGAGGACCGCGCAAAAGAGGCACCGAACUUGAUGAGAUCCUCGUUUGCUGUUCUUGCUGCCGUGGCACUGGCCCUUGUGGCCAGUCGGGCCCGUCUCAUCACCGCAUACAGCGCACUCCCUCGUUUUCUCCUUCCCGCGCUCGACCUCGACUUUCUCGAUCAUCCUUGGCAGUCGCUGCGCAUCCUGGUCCAGGUUCAGCUGACUGAAUUCGUCUUCUCGCUCCUCAUUCUCGUCCCACUCCUUUCCGAAUCAACAACGGACAAAGCCGCGUCACACUACCGCUGGCGGCCCAUCCUCCUCUUGCUCGCCACCAUCUACACGGUCUUCUUCUUUGUACCGACGUCCUCUCUCGCCAUACGACCCACUGAUCCGCGGUCGUACCUUCCCCAACGAAUGCUCCAGGUGCUACCGUCAGCCCUGCAGGAAUUUCUCCCGCACAUUGUCCUGGCCCGACGCCUCAACUACAUCUGGCCUUUUACCCGAUUUCUUGCGGUGCUGCACAUGUACAUGUGGGCCACCCAGCCGCGCAACACCUACCUGCCCAGCCCCGUCAAGUACGACGUCGAGUUUCGACUGCAUGGCCUCGAGUGCCGUCCGAUGCGGCUGAACAGCAAGACACGGCCGAACAAAGCGACCGGCUGCCAAGAUGAGGUCCAGAUGUACCCCAGGAGCACGCUCAGCCUCGCUUUUGAGUUGUACUGGCAGCGCCGAAACGUGGCCCUCAGCCAGCAUGGUCCUCCUGCCUCUCCCGCAGGACUGACGGCGGUGGCUCUCAAUGAGCAUGUCAAGCGACAAUCGACACAAGCGGACAUCUUACAGAUCAAGAGAGAGGCCGUUUUUAAUCUCGCGUCCAAGGUCUUCGGCCAUCUUGUCUUCAUCGACUUCCUCGAUUCGAUUGCGGGGACGGAAAGCUGGGGUAAAUUCGGACCCGGCGGUCAGGGCACCGAUGCAUACAGGGACUGGUGGUUUGGCCUAGGACCUUGGCUGAUCGGCAUGUCGACCAUCACCCUGGCCAUGGCUACAGCUGUUCGCAGUCUCUCUAUGCUCUACGUCGUCCUCACACUUGUAGCCGUCCUCGUCACUCCUUCGACCAACACCAUUUUCGUGCUGGCAAACUGGUCCCCGACGUGGCUCAACAGGCCCUACAUGGCAACGACGACGGGCGCCCUCUGGUCCAAGCAUUGGCACAGCAACCUUCGCCCGAUUCUCGUCUCGCUCGCCCACAAGCCGGCCCACGACCUCGCCUCGGUCUGGUAUCCGCGUCUGGGCCGACCUGCUGCCCUUCUCGCCUCCUUCUUCCUCUCUGGCAUGAUCCACGAGAUUGGCUUCUACCCCUCUGCUCGCUUCGUAGAAGUGCGAGACCAAAGGAAGACAGUCGGCUUUGGCGCUGGUGGCUUCGGCGCGACGAGGUUCUUUCUCUGGAGUGCCGUUGCAAUCAUUGCAGAGACGUGGUUCAAGGAGAACAAGGUUGAGCGUCGCCUGGCUCGGCUACUCUACGGUAGCAAAGACGUCGAGCUUCUCAUCGAGAAGCCCUGGAUGAGACAAACGGUCGCCCGUCUCUGGACUGGGACGUUCCUCCUGAUCACCUUUCGCUCAUUUGCCGAUGUAGGUUGCCCCACUUUUUACCUUUCAUCUGUGACGAUAUGGCUUACCCUUUUCGAUGCACGAUGCACGCUAUUGCUCCAGGUGUGGAUGUAUCACGGAGCAUGCCAGGGCGCGUGGUCGUUUCGUUGGUUUGCAAGGCUGUUUCGCAAGCUCGUCUCGCUUCACCACGGUGCUCCUCACGGCGAGACGUCUGCUCCCGAGGCCGCCUUCAACGCAGCCGCCGCUUGAAGAUGACUUGCUAUCAUUAUAUUCGUACAGAGAUAUGUGUCACGCAGUCGUAAAGAUAGAGUCCACUAUUGAUCGCUCUCCUCGUCCUCGUCCUCGUCGUCAUCAGCCUCUGGCUCCUCUU